GACAGAGAAGCUAACCUCAACAAAAUACAGCACUACACCUAGCUUAGCUCAGCGGUGUCACAGUAUGUCCCGGUCUUCAGCUUCACAGGACAAUAACACCACAUGAAACCCUGGCAGUAGUGACCCUGUCUGUUGCAGUCCUGAGUUGCUCCUGCGCUUAUCCCCGCCUCCUCUACCCCCCUACACUCUUCCUCGCCCCACCUCAUCUCUCCCUUGGCUGAGAGUGGCUGCCUGGCACCAUUAUCAAUUCCUUCUGUCAGCAUGCAGGAAAAAAAAGCUUACGUCACAGUCAUUACUGGGUCUAUAAAAGCUGGGGUAAUGCAGAUACUCAGUGCAGUCAACCCAGCUACAUUUCUCGACAUCGAGCAUCUGGUCUCUCAAGCCAUGGCUUCCUCCGCUUUUGACCCUUACUUUCCAUCUUCUUACAAGAGGAGAGUAGCUGUACGCAGUUCAGGAUAUGGAUCUGGUGGAGGAAUAGGAUCUAGAUCUGCCUACAUCAGCCACUCUGCCCCAAUAACUUCCUAUGCAUCUUCUCGUAGAAGUUAUCCAACACACACCCGAGCUGUCUCCAGCUUCUCCUCUGUGCUUUCUGCUCCACUGUCUGCAGCUGCAACUGAGAUCCGCCUUGACCAAGCAGCCCAGGUCAGCUCUGAGUUCAAAGCCAUAAGGACCCAGGAGAAGGCGGAGCUGCAGGACCUGAAUGACCGCUUUGUGAGCUUCAUCGAGAGAGUCCAUGAGCUUGAGCAGCAGAAUAAGCUGUUGGAGACUGAGCUCCUGCUGCUCAGGCAGAGGCAGACAGAGCCCUCCAACCUCCGGGGCCUGUAUGAGCAUGAGAUGCGCCAGCUCCGUUCUGCUGUGGAUGAGGCCCGCCAUGAGAAGCAAGCAGCCCAAGACCACAGGGAUGAGAUGGAGGAUGUGCUGAGGAACAUGCAAAAGCGCUAUGAGGAUGAGGUUAUGGGCAGAGAGGAUGCAGAGGGCAGGCUCAUGGAUGCCAGAAAGGGAGCAGACGAAGCUGCUCUUGGCCAGGCUGAGCUGGAGAAAAGAGUCGGGACCCUGCUGGAUGAGCUGGCCUUCCUGAAGCGUCUCUGUGAGAGUGAGAUAGCAGAGCUGCAGGCCCAAAUUCAAUACAGCACACAGGUGUCGGUGGAGAUGGAGGUGGCCAAACCUGACCUCUCUGCUGCCCUUCGUGACAUCAGAGUUCAGUAUGAGAAGCUGGCACAACAGAACCUUCAUUCAGCUGAAGAAUGGUUCAGCAGCAAGAUGAAUGUGAUGACAGUGGGAUCCACUCGCAACACAGAGAGUGCACGAAGCGCAAAGGAUGAGGCAGGAGAAUACCGCCGGCUGCUUAAAUCCAGGACGCUGGAGAUUGAUGCCUGCCGGGAGAUGAAUCAAGCUCUAGAAAACCAACUACAGGAUGUGGAGGAGAAACAGAGCAGGGAGAUCUCUGAACUGCAGGAUGCAAUAAGUCAACUGGAUGAUGAGUUGAGGGUAAACAAGAAUGACAUGGCUCGCUACUUGAAAGAUUAUCAGGAUCUCCUGAAUGUAAAGAUGGCCUUGGAUAUUGAAAUUGCAGCCUACAGGAAGCUCCUUGAAGGGGAGGAGAACCGUUUAAAUGUUGCUGCACCAGGAUCCAUCGGUGUUUACUCCCAGGCCAUGUACGCUACUCCUUCAUAUGGAAGAAGUCAGUUCUCCCUGCAAUCCAUGCUGAGCUCUGCACCUCCGUACCUCCUGAGCUCCCGCUUGUACACUUCAUCUCUCCCAAUGGAGGAGACAAUAACUGCGAGUCAAGCACAGCAGGCCGAGGCCAGUGCUCCUGAGGAGGAAGAGGAGGAGGAGGAGGAGGAGGAGGUGGAAGAGGAGCAGGUGGAUGAGGCAGAUAAGGAAGAGGAAAAAGAAGAAGAAGAAGAAGAGAAAGAAGAAGAAGAGGAGGGAGAGGUGAAGGAGGAAGAGGAGGGAGACGAGGAAGAGGAGGAUAAGGGAGAAGAGGGCGAGGAACAAGAGGAGAAGGAGGAGACUGAAGGAAAAGAAGAGGCAGAGGAGGGAGAGGAGGAAGCAGAUGGAGAAGAAGCAGAGGGUGAAGCAGAGGAUGGAGCAAAAGAAGAAGAAGAGGAAGGAGGAGAUGAGAGCUCAGAUAAAGAAGAAGGCAAUGCUGAACAGGAGGAAGAAGAAAAGGAUGAGAAGGGGGAGGAGGGAUCUGAAAAACAAGAGGAUAAGGAGGCUGAAGAGCAAAAAGGAAAAACACCAGAUAAAAAAGUUUAA